AUGACCAACCUUUUAAUUGAAGGAACUACUAUUGUUAAACUAGAAGAUUAAGAAACAAAAGUUCUAGUUGUUAGAACUGGGUUUUAUAGCUUUAAAGGUUAGUUAAUAAGAUCUAUUUUAUUUCCAUCAUCUUAAAACUUUCAAUUUUUUGUAGAUGGGUACAAGUUAAGUUUGUUUGUUGCUUUAGUAAGCCUUAUUGCAUAUCUUUCAACGGUUCCAGCUUUUAUUUUUACGAGUUUACCAGAAAAGAUAAUUAUCUUCAGAUUUUUUGAAAUAAUUGUGAAUUCUUUUCCACCAGGAAUACCUUUAUUGAUUUUGUAGUCAAUCUUUUUUAGUUUUGCAAAAUUAAAAAAAAAAUAAAUUCUUGGAAGUGAUAUUUCUUAGGCUAUUCAAGCUGGGAGAGUUACUACUAUUUGUUUUGAUAAGACAGGGACGUUAACUGAAAAUGAAGUUGAUUUUAUUGGAUUUUAAUAACCCUAUUCGUAACAUGUAGAUAAUGAAAAUUAUAAUAGAGAAUUAUCUUGUAUUUUAUUUAAACUGCUUUCUAUAUGUCAUUAGGCAUAUGAAAUAAAUGGUACUUUUAUAGGUGAUCCUAUUGAUGUAAAAAUACUUUAAUUUAGUGGUUGGAAGGUUUAAUAUGAUGUGAUCAGAAAUUAAAGAUUUUCACAAUAUAAAAAUGAAAGAGUUUACUGCUUGUAAGUUAAUGAAUUUCAUUCUGAAUGCUAAUCUAUGAGUGUUAUUGUGGAGGAUUUAGCAGAUUAAAAUUCUAAAUAUGUUUUUGUGAAGGGAUCACCAGAGAGUAUUCUUCAAAAAUUAGACCACUAAACAGAUAAAUAAUAAAUAGAAUAUUAACUUAAUAUACUAAUAAGUUAAGGAUUCAGGGUUUUGGCAGCUGGCUAUAAAAAAGUACCAAAUAGGGAAUUCUAAAAUAUAUUAAGCCUUAACAGAAGUGAGUAAGAAUAGGGGAUUUCUUUUCUGUGCUUUUUAAUUUUCAAAAAUAGGUUGAAGAAAAAAACUCAAGAAAUUACUAAUGAGCUUAAUAAUGCAGAUUACAAUCUUAAAGUUGUAUCAGGUGACAAUCCUUUCACUAUUUAUAAUGUUGCUCGUGAUUGCAAACUUUUGAAAUCACCAGAUAAAAAUCUACUCAUAAUUGAUAAAUGCAAUAAAACUAAAGAUUACUUUACAAUAACUGAGGUUUAAAAAGAAGGAUUACAAAAUGUUAAGAUUUUCAAAGCAGAAAACAGCUAUGAAAUACUUAUCUAGCAAAUUAAAUAUUGUACAGAAGUAUACUCAAAAGGCAUUAACCUUUGCUUAACAGGAACAGCUCAACACUUUUUAGAAAAUUAUAAAUCUUAAUCGAUGUAUUCUUAAAAAACUACUAUAUCUUUCAAGCAUAUAGGAAGCUUAUAAAAUAAUACUUUUGAUUAAAGGCUUGAUCUAUUUUACAAUUUCCUUAUAAGAUAUUGCUAAAUAUUUGCCAGAACUUCUCCAAUACAAAAAGCGAAUAUAAUUAAAUAAUUGAAAUUGAAUGGAGAAAUUGUUUGCAUGGUAGGAGAUGGAGCUAAUGACUGCCAAGCUAUAAAAGAAGCUGAUUUAGGAAUUUCUUUCACAAAUUCAGAUGGAUAAUUCUCUGCUUUAUUCAUUUCUAAAAAUAAAGAAAUAGAUUGUGUUAAAGAAAUUCUCUUAGAAGGAAGAAUUACUUUAAGUGUAGCAUCAGAGUCAAUUAAAGGCUACAUUUAAAUAUUAGCAUUGAGAUAUUUUUAUUAUUGCUAUAACAUCUUGUCUAAUGAUAUUAUAAACUUAUGA